UGAACGUCAUUUCCCUGGGGUUGAUGGGGAGCUGGUGGCUUCUGUGUGACAGCAAAGAAUGGGCAUUCACACAGAUGGGAACCGCGACACAUCUGAGGGAUGCUGCAGCUGGGUGCAGAAGAGAAGUGAAUGAGAAGGAAAAUGAUAAUUUCAUGCCCAACACGAUGGCAGGUUUGCAAACAGGAAGCGUUUGAAGCAACCAGCAGAUCGGUCUGCAACACUCGUCCUGUGAGGGUGACUCUUCAGCAAGCUACUUCAGAAGUGAUGACUAAGCCUUGGCACGACUGCGUGCCCUCAGCCACCCACCCCUCAGCAGAAACCCGGGACUGUGGUCCCAGGGCCCAUUUGGCCUUGAGCUGAGGAAGAGACAGGGUACCACAGCCUGCACACAGACCAUCGGAGGAACCUCAUCAUGGAGUUACCUUGUUCCUGGUGGCCAGAUCUCGUCUGGGAGGGUUUUGGCAUGGCAGCUUUGUAACAUUUCACAUGCAAGUCUGACAGAGAGGACUGGAGUUUGCAGCUCUGGGAUAUCAACGCUGUGCAAGGACUCUGUUCUCACUGGACCCCCCUGCGCCUGGUGAGCACGAGAGACAAAGGAGGAAAAUAGACCGACAUCCCAACAACAUGAUCCAUGACUGGCAUACAGUGUCCCCAGUGCCUACGGCGAGCAUGGUCUACGGGGAUGGACAAAAUGGGACCAGAUGCUUCACAGAACACAUCCCUGAAAUCGUCACUGGUAGCAUCACGCUGCUCAUCUGCCUGUGUGGGCUGGUGGGGAACGGGGCCAUCCUCUGGCUCCUUGGCUUCCGCAUCGGGAGGAACCCCUUCACCGCCUACCUCCUGAACCUGGCUGUGGCGGACACCUGCUUUCUCCUCUGCACAUCGGCUUUCCUUGUCAUAUAUCAUAUGCCCAUGCUCAGCUGCUUUCAGACAGAGCUUUUGCGGGCGCUGCCGCUAUUUCACUCCAUGGUUCUGCUCACGUACAGCACCAGCCUCUAUCUCCUCACAGCCAUCAGUGUGGAGAGGUGUGUGGGGGUCCUCUGGCCCUUCUGGUGCCGAUGCCACCGCCCGAAGCUCCUGUCAGCCGUGAUGUGCAGCCUGCUGUGGGCCCUCGCCUGUGUGCUUGCUGGGCUGGUGUACUUUGUGUGUGACCUGAGUCACUCUGAAAACUGCUGGAUGGUUCUUGGAACCUUGUGGUUUCUCAAUUUCUGCUUUUUCACUCCCUUUAUGGUUCUUUCCAACGUGAUCCUCUUCAUCAAGCUUAGGCGUAGCUCUUGGCAACACCACCCAGCAAGACUGUACACUGUCAUCUUCCUCGCUGUUUUCUUCUUCCUCCUCUUUGGCAUCCCACUCAGUAUCCAGAUCUUCCUCAACUUCUUUGUCUACAUUAAUUUUGUCUUUGAGAUCAGCCUGUUGCUGGCCUCUAUCAACAGCAGCAUCAAUCCAGUUAUUUAUGUCCUGGUUGGGAGCUACGGAAGGUUCAGGGCAUCUGUCAAAGUGGCUCUUCAGAGGGUCUUUGAAGAUAGGGCAGAUUCCCAAGAGGUGGGUGAGACCCCUGUGAUGGGAAUUGCUGCCUAAACCCCUAUGGCUGGAGACUGGAACCCAGAGAGAGGCAGCCCUGCCCCUGCACCCCGGGCCAGCACCCGCAGGAGCAGAGUCCUUGCCCAGCUGGGUGAGCAGGACCGGCAGUGGAUAGUUGUGUGUUCUCCAGAA